UCAUCUUUUUUUUUUAAUUUUUUUUAGCAGCUGUAAGACGCCACUAACAAAAUGCAGCAGUGCUCUUGACUUACAAUUUUAAUUCGUUCCGUGACUGUUACUCAAUUUACUCGUAUAUCAAAUUAAUUAUUCCCAUUAAAAUGCCAUUCAUCUGUGUUUCAAUUAAGAAAACUACCACUGCAGAAUAAAAUAUAAAACAUAAUAAAAGAGAAUGUCAAGAACACACACUGCUAACAUUACUAUUAAGUGUGUGUGAUGAGUGGCUCUCAAAGUGUGGCACUCGGGCCACCAGUGGUACGUAAAAGAAUCACUGCCUGAGUGCGGUUUAGAUGGAGUUAACGUUGUAGUACAUUUGCAUUUAAUCCUAAAGAACUGUUUGUUUUUGAACAUUUAACUUUCAUUUUAUACUUUUCAAUUGAAACAUUAUUUAAGAUCAGUAUAUUUUAUACUUUAUACAAUAUUUAUACUUUUAUACAAUAUUUAAGCGCAGUGUCAAUGAAAGACUGCGCAUAAUGUUACAUUGGCUUGCGAUAAUAUUCAAAGUAGUUUCUAGGAAGAAAAUCUCAAUAUUGUUUUUGGUAAAUGCCUAAGUGUCUUCUCCAUGCUCCUUGCAAGUGUUUUCACGUUUUACUUGCGUGUUUAUAAUAAUAAAUAAUAACGCAUGACGCCUAUGUAGCGCUUUUCUCGGUACUCCAAGACGCUGUACAAUUUCACGUAUUAGUAGUAAGCUACUCGUGUUGCCACAGCUACCCUGGGGCAGUCUGACGGAAGCGUGGCUGCCAUUCUGCGCCUACGGCCCCACCGACCACCACCAAACAUCCGACCGCAUUCAUUCAUAGGCAGUGUUUGACUCUUGGUUCCGUUCAAUGAAAUGGAUGAAAGUGCAUCAGUGAUUGUCGCUGUCCUUCUUUGUUUUCCAAUUCAAUCGCGAGGCGGCUUGUCUGAACGUCGCUAAUUUGAAUUUUGACUCGUGAUACCUCGCAAUAAGAAAAACCUUUAACUACGUAGUGGACAAGCUUGUGCGACGACCACGGCAGAGCUAUGAGUUAGAAGCAAUAAACAACGUUAUUUCGGCCGUUUUAUUUCCGUGACUAAAGUCGUUCUGUAUUUUAGCGAAAAUGCACUUUUGGGCUAAUUUCAGCCGCCGAAAUUUGCCGCAUCGCCAAUUUCAUUUACUGUGUAUUGUUUAGAAGUACGAUGGGCUGAAAGUGUUUUCAUACAAAUAUUUAUUGUGAGUAUGUAAGUACUUUACUAGGGCUUUAUUGAUAGGCUACGAUGCGGUUGAUGUAUAAAUUGGGGUUCUAUCGCCCCCGUAGGAACGGAACUGAAUUGUAAAUGGAGAAAACCCUGUGAAGGGCAAGUGUCUGGACCUAACGCUGGAUUCCCAAUGUUGACUGUGGCCAAGAGUCCUCUUCCUUUCCUGACCUCGUGACCGGAGUGCGAUAAGCGUGGCCGACCGUGCGUCACUUGACAGCUCGGUCUGUCUCGCUCUCGCUCGCUCUCUGUGUAUCCUCUGCAACAGGAUCUGAUGGUCUCAAGUUACAGCUGUGCAAAAAUAGUUUGUGUUGAGCUUAGAAUGUACGUCAGCCAUGUGUGCUUGAUCCAAAUGUAAAGAUGAAUUUCUUUCUUUUGGGCGGAGGAGAUGUUUUACUGAUCCAAAUGUAAAGAUGAAUUUCUUUCUUUUGGGCGGAGGAGAUGUUUUACUGUAUUUUAUUGGAAUAAAAUGGAUGUUACUCAAAUGAGUUCGUUGCUCAGCUAUAGAUGAUUUAAAAAUGUUCCUUACAUUUUCUGUAAACAAUUUCUCAAAUGUCUUAAAUGAAUAAUUGUGCCAAAAUGUCAUACAGUAGUGGGGGAAAAAACAUCACAGUAGACAUUCAUUAGUAUGCUGAAUAGUCGUAGGUAGUGAAGACAACGAGCGUACACGUACAAUUCAGCGCAAUAGUAGGAUACUGAAGAAAUGCGCAAAUGGCUUUAGAUACUCCUUCGCCAAUUUUGGGUUCCCAGAGCGUUCUGAUGUAGUGUCUCUGUUGCCCGAUUAUCAUUGGGCGCCGUUCAUAUCCUCAAAACUUCCGCGGGUACUGUCGUACUCGGCGAAGCCCCUGAAUGGGUCUUGGGUGGGGAACCUACAGCGCGUGGGCCGCACAAAGCCAGUGAGAGCAUUUCAUCUGGUCCGCCAUACAGCACAUUCUUAAAAAGUCAAAUCGAAGUGGAACUGUUCUAAAAGCUCUAAAAUAUUGAAGCUACAAAUGCUCCUAAUUACAUGAUCGGUUUGCACUGAGCAAGCCUCCCUGCGCUGUGUGAUGACUUGCAGCGCACACUAGUUUCUUGCAGAAAGUGCACAAACAAAUUGAUUACGAUUCAGUUACUGGUCAAGUCCGUUACAUGUCAGAAAAUAGGCCAAGAUGUUGAUCAUCGGUCUUAAACGCAAAGAUAAUCGGUCUGCCUUCGUGGAGGACUAGAGAAAUCAGAAAAUGUUUCGGUUGAAGUUCCGAGGAUUUGGACGUCUCCAAAGGAUGCAUCUGCGAUGAGCUGUUCCGUCUGAAAGGCGACCGAACGGGUUGACGGUGUUAAUGUGUCGACCGAGCUCUGGAGCCAGUGGACGCCGUUCACAAUGUGGGAUGUCGCUCCUCCGUGCAGCAUGACGCCCUUCAUCUUUACGUUCCUCGAUGGAGGUCUUUCAUUCUGUGCUUUGUCAUGAAGAGAUCACCACCACCACCACCGUACUGUUCGUUUUCUGCAACCUUUCUGGCACCAUCUUGCUUUUUCAUGCACAGGGAUUCUUUGUGUGUUGCGCCUUUACAGUGAACGCACCACACCUUUUGAGUCCAUUGUCUUAACUUUGUGUCCUUUUAUUCCACACUUGAAGCAUGCCACACUGACAUCUUCAUGUGUUUUGCUGUGUUUUACAUUUGCAUGAUAAGCGAUAAGACUUUUGCCAUCAAUCAGUUCAGCCUUCUUCUGUCUAGCUACAGUUAGCUGCUCACACUCAGAGUUACAGAUGCUACAGCACUUGUACUGCUCUAAAUUCCUCUUUGUAGCUUUGCCGUUUACUUAUCUCCUUCUGGGCCCAUGACCUGUCAAGCAGCAGUGUUGUAACUUUGGGCGUACACACGUUUACUUGCGCUUCAGCCGAAAGCAAUUUGGAGCAGAAAGAAAAAGUCGUUCAAGUUCGAACCGAGUGCGCUUCAGGACAGUAAUUCGCAAAAUAAAACCAUACACGAACACAACGGGAGAGGAAAGGCGUCGCUAUAACACAAUACUUUAAAAGAUCGGUUUUAUAUUUAUGGCGGCGAAGUGUUGGUCACAAUUUACACUGUAAAAAAAAAAUAAAAAAAUGUCCUAUGUCGGGAUUCGGGACAGUGAAUUUAUCGCUUUUCUCUUGAAGGCUAAAAUGGCCGGAAAUAGACGACAAGUGUUUCCGGGUCAUCUGCAAUAACCGGAAAUAAAGUACUGCAUUAUCUGCUAUUUGUUUACGCACAGUGCCAUGAUGCAGCUGUGCAAAGUGUGCAGCGAACAGACACCGAAAUACAGAUGUCCAGCUUGCCGAAUAAGAUAUUGUUCUCUUUCCUGUUACAGGAGGCAUAAAGGCGCGUGUCAUCCUGUUCAGCAGUUUUUACCCAAUGGAACGAAGGAUGCUGUCAGGACUGACACGUGGAGUGUGGCGGAUCUUCUGCACGAAGAGGACUUCGCCGAUGUAGUACCUCUAGAGAAGCUCCAGUUGUUGGGUCAGUCAAAAGAGCUCAAGGAUCUUCUUUGUAAUCCCCACCUGAGAGAACUACUAAGGACCAUUGACAGUGCAGACAGCAAGGAAGAAGCAAUGAAGGCAGCUAUGCAGGAGCCCUUAUUUGUGGAGUUUUCAAAUCGAUGUUUGAAGGUCGUAGAAAAAGACGCUCAACCGCAGGAGUUCAGCGAGGUUACGGACUGGUAAACUUGCUGUAUUUACUUCGAGAAUAGCUUUUCUAAAAAUAUAAAAAUGAUCUCGGAGGAAGCCGCUCUUACGCAUUCAUGUCGUAUGUGACAGAUUUAUUAUUAUUAUUAUUAUUUUUUUUUUUUUUACAAUUCAAUACUGGAAUUCAGUUAUGGUGCAUUUUGUCCCAUGAACACAGAUAAAGAUACAGAAUUCAGAUUUUCUAUAAAGCAUGCAUGUUUUAGUAUGAACAUACCACAUUUAAAAAUAAAUGGACAAAAAGUUCAAAAUA